CACCGGAGCGGCGAGCGGCGAGCGGCGGCGGCGGAGGAGGAGGUGGUGGCCGAGGCGAGCUCGCGCGUCACUCCACUCCCCCCCUCCCGGCCGAUCUCCCUCUGGCCAGAUUCCGUUCGGGAGCUGGGGGCGCGGGCACACACUUGCUCCAUCAAGAGGAGGAUGACCCCCGCGCAGGAUCCCUUCUACAUCGUCAAGGACGAGAUCCAGGACUCGAUAGACAGAGUUCAAGAUACUUUUCACCAGUGGAAGCAAACACCUGAAAACACUGGAGAAUACGUGCAUCUGACAAAAGAGCUAAUAGCAAGCUGUGAAAGUAUCCAAUGGCAGGUGGUUGAACUGGAGAAAGCUAUUUCAGUUGCUGAGAGAGAUCCAGCUUACUAUGGACUGAAUGAUGUUGAAAUAGGGAAAAGGAGAAACUGGACUAGCACUGCUCGUAACCAGGUGGUCUCCAUAAGGCGGUACAUUGAAACUGGAAAACAAAAGAAUGCGUACAGUCGUUCAGCCAAUCCUUCUGAAUUAGUUAGGUCCAAGCAGCACAUCGCGCAAGACAAUGAUGACUUCAUUGCUUCAGAAUCCGACCAGCAGAUGCUCCUGAUCAAGCGACAGGACGAGGAAUUGGAUGAGCUUAGUGCUAGUGUCCAGCGAAUUGGAGGUGUAGGCCUCACCAUACACGAUGAACUUAUUGGACAGGAAAAACUUUUGGAUGAGCUAAGUCUCGACAUGGAAACUACGUCCAAUAGGCUCGACUUUGUGCAGAAAAGGGUGGCCAUGGUCCUGAAGAAGGCCAGCUUGAAAGGGCAGAUCAUGAUGAUAGCAUUCUUGGUGGUUCUUUUCAUCAUUCUUUUCGUUUUGGUGUUCUUGACUUGAGAAAUUCGGCUUGUAGUUUCGUUCUUGUUGAGUUCAGAACUAUACCGGAGUGCAGAGUUUUGAUUCAUUGUGUAUUCUGAUCAAGUGCAGAGAACUGACGGCUUAAGUACAUUCCAUGUAAUUGCGUCGGUAGUUUCUUCCUUUUGAAACUGGCUCAGCCCAAGUGAUAUAUGAUUCUUUUCCCCUGCA